AUGAAGCCAGAAUAUUGGCCAGCAACAAAAGCUAAUUUACUUAAAUCAAUAGAGGAUCCUGAAUGUAAAAUCAGGGAAGAUGAUAAAAUAGUUGUUAUCAAAGAUAAAUAUCCUAAAGCGCAAUUUCACUAUUUAAUUUUACCGAAGGAGGAUAUUCUCAAUAUAUGGCGUGUCAAAAAAGAGCAUCAAGAUUUGUUAACAUAUAUGUAUGAUGUUGCAUGCGAUCUGAUAAAAGACCAAACAGAUCAUGAAUUCUUCAUAGGUUAUCAUGCAAUGCCAAGUAUGCAGAGGCUGCACCUACAUGUAAUAAGCACGGAUUUUAAUAGUCCUUGCCUUAAAACUAAAUAUCAUUGGAACUCCUUUACGACGCCAUUCUUUUUACAUUCGCAAGAUGUAUGCCGUCAGUUGCGCAUAGACGGCAAAAUCAAAAAGAUUUCUCCGCAGUUGUGUACAGACUAUCUGAACACAAAAUUGAAGUGUCACAAAUGCUCGGCGCAGCCGAAAAAUAUGCCAUAUUUAAAGAGACAUUUGUUAACACACAUUGGUAAAUGCAAACCAUGAAAAACGUAUAUGUAAUUUAAAAACUUCUGUAUAAUAA